AUUGGCGUUCGAAUAUUUUUAUAAUUUUUAUUUCUGAAAAUUUUACAUUUCAAGUAAUUCAUUUCGGUAAAUAUUAAAAAAAACUGAAAUUUCUUUGAAAAUGAUGGAAGGUGAAUAUUUAGUUGAAAAAAUUCAAGGAAGAAGAGUGAGACAUGGUAUUGUUGAGUAUUAUAUAAAAUGGGAUGGAUACAGUAAAGAUGAAAAUACCUGGGAACCUAGGGAAAAUAUACAUGAAAGUUUGAUUGAACAAUUUGAAAAAUCGCUAAUUAAAAAACAAGAAAAAAAUAAAUAUCCGAAAUUGAAGAAACUUAAUGGUUUUGAAAGAGGGCUGGUACCAGAUGAGAUAAUAGGAGCAACUAAUGCUUGUGGGCCUUUAUUAUUUUUAAUGAAAUGGAAAAAAACUGAUGAAAUACAUCUAGUUCUAGCAAAAGAAGCAAAUAUUAAGUGUCCGCAAGUUGUCAUUCAGUUUUAUGAAAAACACUUAAAAUUUUCUUCAUAAAUUUUAUAAGUUUCCUUUUUUAUAAUUGCAUUACUUUUAACUAACACAGUUUAGUUUUUAUUAGCAGGCAUUUAUUUCAACAAGAUAUGUAUAUAACUUAAACAUUAAAAAUACUAAUUUUUGUUAAAAAGUUACUGUUUUUACAUUAUUUUUAAUUUACGUAAGCAUUUAAAUUAAGUAAGCAUAAUUUACGUACAUGUGCUAGUUCCGAUAUAUGUACAUAAUACGUAUGUAUUAUUUUGCUUUAAAAAUUUAUUAAUUAGUCUAAUCAU